AUGCAUAGGAGGGAGAGGUCGAUGCGAGAAGGCUCAUGCCCACAAAGGAGAAGAACCCCUUCUUUCUCCUCCACUCUCCUCGACACCAUUUACCGUUCCAUCGACGAAUCAAAAACCGAUCUUGAUGAGGAUCAACAACUGGGUCUCUACAAUCAAACCACCCACACGUCCCAACACAGCUAUUUGAACCACAACCAUGGUGUUUACUCUGAAAAAGGUGGUAAAAAGAGGAUGAAUCUUCGCCGAGCCGUGAUGAUAGAAGAUUGGAUGGAGAAGCAGAGCUCCAAUAGUUCUCAAUUCUUUAACUCAAGUUCAAGCUCCUCGGAAUGUAGCUCCGGGGGAGUGUUUUCCUCUUCAGAAACAGACUCAACCUUCAAGAAACAAGUAUCAAGACCCAAAAUUGAGAGGCCCCAGAAGCAUAUGAACAAGGAUCAUAGGAAUUCAGAAAAGCAAGAGCAACAGAAGCCACAGCGGGAGGGUGGUUUUACAAGGAACAAGUUGAGGGCGUUGAAAAUUUAUGGUGAAUUGAAUCAGAAAGUGAAGCAACCCAUUUCACCAGGGAGUCGAAUAGCUAGCUUCCUUAGCUCUAUAUUCAGCUAUGAGAAUGUGAAGAAAGCGAAAAUGUGUUACGUUGGGGCUGUAGAAGAUGUUAGUUUUGAGCAUAAAUCCAAGUCCCCAUGUUUCUCUUCCUCGGCUUCUUCCUUUUCAAGGAGGUCUUGUAUGAGCAAAACACCCUCUUCAGAUAAAAAAAAGUCCACCAAUGGCGUCAAAAGGUCUGUGAGAUUUUACCCCGUUAGCAUAAUCCUUGGUGAGGAUUCUGAACAACCAUCUUGCUACAAAUAUAUUUAUGAGAGUGAACCAAGUUUGUUGCCAUUGUCUAGUAGUGUUCGAAAGAUUACAAGAAAUUCUUCAAUAAAGGAGCUGAAGAACACUGUUUUGGUAAAAGAAAAUGGAGCUGAAGCAGCAGCACGUGAUUUUAUAAAGGGUUACCGAAAUUCUGGUAAGGGUGAGUUUGAUUUUAGAGGUUUUUAUGAGGAUGACGAAGAUGAUGCUCUGAGUUAUUCAAGUUCAGACUUGUUUGAGCUGGAUCACCUUAUUGGAGCUGCAAGGUACCAAGAAGAGCUUCCAGUUUAUGAAACUACCAAUUUAGAAACAAAUAAGGCCAUUGCUAAGGGUCUGCAUUUGUAG